AUGAAAAUAGAUAUUGUUCUUCUGAUGAAUCAUAUGAUCCUAUGUUCACUUACAUUCCACCUAUCAAAGCAACAUCACCGUACUAAUGAUGAUGGAAGCUUAAAUCAGCACUAUACCAAUGAUACAGGUGAAACGCCUGAUAGAUCUGAAACAAAAAUCUCUACAAAAACAUCAGAGACUGUAUGUGUAGAGGCUCUAUUCCCAGAAACUGGUAAUCUACAUUUAUCUAAUCAGAAAAAUGCAUUCCAACUACGAGAAAGGCUACUGCGCACGUUUAUCGCAUUUGGGGGAUAUUUCAAGCACACUGCAAAUGGCCUCAGAAAGAUUGCUGGACUUAGAUUUGAAGAAUGCCGAAAGCCUGUUCAUACACUUUCAAUGAAGCAAAAGGAAACACAUACUAUUGGCAGUUUAUCAGUGGAAGAAGAAACACAUUCUCUUGACUACUUACCAGGGGAAGUUGAACAUGGCUUCACCUUUGAGGAAUUGGUGACGGCAACAAACGGGUUUAGAAAGUUGCUGGGUCAAGGAGGUUUCGGCUUUACAUACAGGGGAAUUUUAUCUGAUGGAAGGCAUGUCGUAAUAAAAAGAUCGCGGGAUAAAAGUAGAGCCUUACAGAGGGAAUUGGAGUGCAUAACAAAUCUAAAGCAUCCAAACAUUCUGGAUCUGGUGGGAUCUUGCAUUACAGGAGAUGAGUUACUGCUUUUGUUUGACUAUAUGGCUAAUGAAGAUCUAUCGAGUUUACUCUUUGAGCCAAGAGAUAAUCAAGUCCUUGACUGGCCCACCAGAAAGAAGAUAAUCAAUGGAGUAGCGAGCGCACUCGUGUAUCUUCAAGAGAGUGCCGAUGUGUGCAUAGUACACGGAGAUAUUAAACCAACAAAUAUUCUUAUUGAUGAGGAUUUCAAUGCAAAAGUUUCAGAUUUUGGAAUUGCAAGAAAACAUCCUGAAGCGAAAUCCAUGGAUAAUAAAAAUGGCGAGGAGGAAGGGGUGUAUGUUGAUUUUGAAGAAUCAUCAAAUGACCCGCAUCAUUCAACCGGAGCUGCCGGCACAGUAGGUUACGUAGCCCCAGAAUGCAUUCGAACUGGUCAAGUGACAAAGAAGGCGGAUAUUUACAACGUUGGAUUGCUUAUGUUGAAUUUGAUAUCUGGCAAAAGAUGUAUAGAAAUCGAUGGUGUUACAAAUAAGAUGCAGAGUCUUGUAUUACUGGCGAACAAGUUAUCUGAUGAGGAUCGGCUUGGUGAACUAAUUGAUCCUCGAUUACUCAAGACGAGAGGGUUUGACUCGGAGAGCAUAUUGAGAACAACCCAUAUAGCUCUGUUGUGCUCUCACUUUCAAGCCGAAUACCGCCCAACAACAUCCGACAUGUUUAAAUUUCUUUCAUCAGAAAGUAGUCCUUUCCACAUCCAUAAUUUACAGGAACAGCAAGAAAUGAUUAAAAUAGACCAUGGUUUACAAAUCACUGCCCUUGAACUAUUGUAGGCUAUCAAAUACUAAAAUGUUGUCUCCUUGAUUCUUUGAAGGCGGUGAAUCAGAGUGUAGCCCGGAAGUAUUCAUUAUGU